AAAUGACGAAAUUCGUAUUACAAAGUUGUUAAUUAAAAAGCAAAUUCUAAAUAUUGUAUAGACAUAACCUAGAUUGUUUCUAGAAAAUAAAAAAGGGCUCAUUUUUGUUGUUCAAGCUAUUCGCAUUAAACUAUUAAACUCGUGUAAAUAUGUUAAUAAGUAGGAUAAACUAUUUAAAGACUUCGUACAAAAAUAACAACUGAAUUAUAUGAUUGUUAAUUGAUAACUUCUGUGACCGAUAUUAACUUUAUUAAACACAUUAAAAUACAUAAAUUGUUUAAUGAAAAUAUAAAGUAAUGAACAAUCACGUGAUAACAAUUGCAAUUGCAACAAUGAACUGUUAAGCUCAAAUAAAUGGCUAUCACGUCUUUGAAGGCUAAUUCCCCCCAUCUCCCCUGGAUCUUCGGGCUCUAACUCGUUUUGUUAGAUGGCUUUUUCGGUUGACGAGUUUAGUGCCCUCGCUGCUUAGUUUAUGAAUGGGCCGUGACGUAUUUAUAAAUAUAACAAAUAAUAAAUAACAAAUACUUUUUGCUAAGUUCCUCAAUCGCGCCAAGUGUUUUCGGCGUGAAUCACGGGCUUUCUACCACAUUUAGGGGGUUAUUAAUAAAAAUCAAGAGCCAGCUGGGCCCAAAAGAUGUGCACGGGCACCUUCCGAACUUCUGGGAGUCAUGGAUCGGAUCGUAAGGCAGGCUUAAAAAUAAGCAACCAAGAGCUCUUAACACAAAAUGCCGCCAUAAGAUCGGGCAUUCGAUAUGAUCGUUUGGGGCUCGCCUGCGUUCUGUAUCCCCAUCUACAUCCCCACAUCCCCAUCCCCGAUUCAGUGCCGAUUCAGUGCCGAUUCAGAGCCGAUUCAGAAUACCGAUCCGAUACGAAACGAACCGGUUUGCCAGCUGUGUGAACCAAACAAACAGCUGCUCAGCUGCUAAACUUUCGCUGCUGUCGGCUUCUUGUUCUUGGCAGCAAGUGCAGCGUCUGAAGCCCCAAACCCCAAACCCCAAUCCGCAAACCCCCUAAAGCCGAGCUUCUUGGCCGGGCUCAUAUAAAAACGGCUUUUGGCGCGCGUGCUCAGUCAGUUGCAGAUUUGAAACGGAAACGCGCGUGUGCGCCGCAAUCGAGUUCGAUCGAGUGUUUGGAUUUCAAAUUGGAUUUUUACGCCGUUUCGGUCAAGUUCUGAAUCACCUGCAGUGAGUGACACACAUAAGGCAAGGUCGCGGAAUACCACAUUGCCCCCCCAAAGUCAAUAGCUAUGGAAGGCCAGGCCAAGCAAGCGUACUUCGUUAAUGAAGCAUUUACCCACGAGGAGCCACCACCAAGUGGCGUUGGAGCAGACACGCUGCAUCGCCGGAAAAGCGGUGGCAACAAAGAACUCCAGCUGGACGUGGGUGGCUUCAAGAAGGGCCAGGAAGUGGCCACCGGAAAUGGCAGUGAUCCACUGCCACCUAGCAUGGACUUUGAUGACAUACUUCCACUCAUCGGGGAAUUUGGCCGUUAUCAAAAGCUGCUGUUCAUCUGCAUGAUACCCUUCUCGUUCUUCGUGGCCUUUGUGUACUUCUCGCAAAUAUUCCUCACCUUGAUACCCGAACAGCAUUGGUGUCAUGUGCCCGAGUUGGACGGCUUGGAUGUGGAGGCCAGAUUGGCGCUUUCCAUACCCAUGACCAAUGGGGAGUACAACAAUUGUUACAUGUACGACGUCAACUACACGGACAUACUGGCCCAGGGCAAGGUGAUGGCCGAUCCGCAGUGGCCGCGGGUCAAGUGCCGCCACGGCUGGUCAUAUAACUUCACGGAGAUACCCUACGCGACGGUGGCCACCGAGCAGAACUGGGUGUGCGAUGACGCCGCCCUGCCCACCUAUGCCCAGUCCAUCUUCUUUCUGGGCGCCAUAGUGGGUGGGUUGCUCUUUGGCUGGGUGGCGGAUCGGUUUGGUCGUAUUCCCGCCCUGAUCGGCACCAAUAUGAUGGGUCUGCUGGCCGGCGUGGGCACUGCCUUUGUGGGCAACUUCUGGGAGUUCGCCAUCAUGCGAUUCUUUGUGGGAUUCGCCUUCGACAACUGUUUCACAAUGAUGUACAUUUUGGUUCUCGAGUACGUUGGUCCCAAGUACCGCACCUUUGUGGCCAACAUGUCGAUCGCUAUCUUCUUCACUGGCGCCGCUUGCCUCCUGCCCUGGAUUGCCUACUUUCUGGCCGACUGGAAACUCCUGGCCAUUGUGACAUCGGCUCCGCUACUCCUGGCCAUAUUCACCCCUUUCGUGGUACCAGAAUCAGCUCGCUGGUUGGUCUCACAGGGAAAAGUGGACAAGGCCGUGGGCAUCCUGAAGAAACUGGAGAAGGGCAAUGGGCGUCAGGUCCCGCCGCAGACAUACCAAAUCUUCACAGACAGCUGUAAGAGGAUGCAGGAGCAGGAGGCCCAGAAUGGCAAAUACUCGGUACUGGAUCUGUUCAAGUCACCACGAUUGCGCCGAACUACUCUGCUGCUAAUUGUCAUCUGGAUGGCCAUAUCCCUGGUCUUCGAUGGACAUGUGAGGAAUGUAGGCUCUUUGGGAUUGGACAUCUUCUUCACCUUCACUCUGGCCUGUUUCACGGAGCUGCCGGCUGAUACUCUGCUCACGGUGAUCCUGGAUCGAUUUGGACGCCGUUGGCUGGCCUGCAGCUCCAUGGUUCUGAGUGGAGUGUUCAGCUUAUUGGCCACUGUGGUGCCCGUGGGUAUAUACUCCGCUGCCCUGGCCAUCAUGGGUCGCUUCUUUGUGAACAUCAGCUAUAACAUUGGCUUGCAAUGGGCGGCGGAGGUUCUGCCCACUGUAGUUAGGGCUCAGGCAGUGGCCUUCAUCCACAUCAUGGGUUAUGUGGCCAGCAUCAUAGCACCAUUUGUGGUUUAUCUGGCCAACAUUUCCCAAGCCCUCCCACUGAUCAUCCUCGGAAUUUUGGGAAUUAUUGGUGGCUUGUUGGCGCUGCUACUGCCGGAGACCCUGAAUCAUGUCCUGCCACAAACCCUAAGCGACGGCGAGGAGUUUGGACGUGGUCAGAGCAUUUGGGACUUUCCCUGUUUGGCCAAACAGGUGGACGACGAUGAGGAUGAGAAGAGAAACGCCGACGUUGAGGAGGUCCGAUCUCAGGCUUUUGUGAGGGGAACCCAGACGGGUGCAUCCUUGAAUGCCUCAACAGGUGGUGAACUGAGAUCCAGCAUCCUGCGUAGAUCGAUCAAGUCACGCAACUCCACAAAGCUCUAAGAACUACGACUAGGUAUCUAAUUGUUAUAGCAGCCAAUAUUCUAUAGCUCUACCUUGCAUUUUUAGCAUCAACUAGCCUCUAAGUGUCGUUAUAGACUUUUGUGAUACUAGAAAUAAGAACUUAUAUGCGCCUCUUCAAACAAUGAAUAAAGUAAACAAAUCGAAGAACUAA